AUGGUUCGCUCCAUUGAAGAGGCUGGCAAGCCAGCCAAGAGGGGAAAGAAAACCGAGACACAGAAGGAGGCGAAAGUUACAAAACCAACCAAGGGUCAAACACCUAAGAAGCGAAAGUCAGAUAAGGCUGCUCCAUUACAGCCUCAACCGAAGAAGCAGAAGAAACCCGCUCGGAGACUCAUACUUCAAUCCUCAAGCGAUUCGGACUCAGAGUAUGUUCCUCCUAAACACAAAUCUACUACUCCUUCAGAAUUAGAAAGCGAAAGCUCUGAUGAGGAGGCUUCGGGUCAUGCACCCACACCUCCUGUCACAACCGAACCACCAGUUACAACCGAACCUCCUGUCACUACAAAACCCUUAUCACCUACCCAAUCCACUGACACCACACUAGUUCUUGGUGGUGAGGACUUGGAAUUUGAUUCCACUUAUUCCAGUCCUUACCGUGUACAAAGUGAUGAAGACGAAGAUGCUCCUGUGACCAAGCGUCAUCUCAAGGAAGUCAAUGACAAACUUGAUCAACUGCUUUCCUCCUCUUCCUCUGGUUCCUAUUUCGAUGUUGCUCUCAAGGCAUUGUUCUCCUCCAUUGUUAAAGAACAUAAUGCCUCCCUCCUUGCUGCAGCUAAGGCUAUUGACGCCUCUACUUCCCAAUGCCAGAAGGCCUCCCUUGCUGUUGAGGCUUCCACGAAGGAAUGCAAAGAUGCGACUGCAAAAGUCGAUAAGCUAAUUUCUGAAGCUCAUUUGUUUUUAGAUUCUUUGCAGGCGGCUGCUCAGAAGAACUCUCAGACCGUGAACACUUCGCCAACACCUCCGACGGAUUUUAGAAACCCUACGGGCUGA